AUGUGGAGGAGUGAAAUCACGACAGGUCUGCAUGCGGCUCUUGCAGACUUCUUUGGGGGCCUUGUGGCAGUCUUCCUGUUCUCUGAACCCUUCUUGCUGUCUGUUUGCGCCCGGCAGGAGGUUACUGACAUGCGCCACGGCGUGAUCCUGGCCGACCGCUGGUUUAUGGAAAGCUGGCCUCAUUUCUCGGCUGCUCGCACCUCGCACAUCUUCUUCCCGGAGUUAGGCUGCAGAGGUCCCAAGGACCCAGCGGACGACCAGCCAGUCUGGACGAUUUUCGUGUUGAGCCCUUCUGCGCGAAUGCAGCCGCGAGGGGCAGCCUGA